AUGGUCAACCUGAAGGAGUUUCACAUCGGGUCUGGCCUGCACUAUCCGAUUACCAUAAGCAGAAUCUCCAAGCACAAAGGCGAGGAGGUGAGACGCCAAGACAACCUGGUGCAAUACACAUUCAAAUACAAGCGUACAAUUGGCGAUCCGGAGCUGGACGAGGAGCGCGAGAUCGAGGAGACGGGCGUCGGAGACUGGAGCUGUCCGGGAGAUGGAAUCAUUGUAAAGUGGCACAUCAAGGAAGGGGAAGUGAUACAUCGCGACCAAGUCCUACUGGGCAUAGACGAGCCGUGUCCCCAUGACACCCAGUAUGCUGGUCUCUGUACGCGAUGUGGGAAAGAUAUGCUUGAGUCGAACUGGGCUGCCGGGACCCUUGAUGUGGAGCGUGCCACCAUCGCCAUGGUGCACGACAAUGUCGCGCUCAAGGUCUCCCCACAGGAGGCCGCCAAGAAAGAGUUAGAGCUGCAGGAACGCCUCCUGGAGGCCCGCAAGCUGAGCCUCGUGGUUGACCUGGAUCAGACGGUUAUACAUGCCUGUGUCGAGCCCACGAUCAAGGACUGGCAGAGCGAUCCAAACAACCCCAACUACGAAGCCGUCAAGGAUGUGCGCAGCUUUGAAUUGGACGAUGGGCCCAAGCAGAAGGACCAGCCAAAGUGCUCCUAUUACAUUAAGCUGCGGCCCGGGCUGGCUAACUUCCUGGAAAAGAUGUCGGAACUGUACGAAAUGCAUAUCUACACCAUGGGAACGCGUGCGUACGCGAAGGAGAUCGCCAAAAUCAUUGAUCCGCAGAUGAAGUUCUUUGGUAAUCGCGUCAUCAGUCGCGACGAGAACGGAAGUCUGGCCGCCAAGCGACUACAGCGAUUGUUUCCCGUGAGCACGCAUAUGGUGGUUGUCAUUGAUGACCGAGCCGACGUCUGGCCCCUGAAUAGGGAGAAUUUGAUCAAAGUUACGCCGUACGACUUCUUCAAGGGCAUCGGCGAUAUUAACUCCAGCUUUCUCCCCAAGCGCGAUGACAUUCUUGCUCCCUCACCGACUUCACUUCCUCUUCGCCCCCUACCCAACGGCAAUUCAUCACAGGACGCAAAAGACCAGACAGCGAAUCCUGAAAACCCAACUGUCGAGUCAGACGAUGAGAAUGCGCUCUUCCAAUUGAAAACCGAGGAACAAGAAAAGGAACUUGAAAAACAGCUGACAGAACGACCUCUACUUCACCUGCAAGAAGAAUUAGACAAGGAGGACUCGACGAUAUCUGAGGGCGUGCCUACUACCGAGCUCCCCGAACAGAACGGACAUGCUGAAGUUCACGCGCAACACCGUCACAACCUUUUGCGUGACGACGACGACGAACUUUUCCACUUGGAAAAGCACUUGUCGAAUCUUCACCAGAACUUUUAUACUCAACACGACUCAAGAGUGGCGGCCCGCAGGAAAGAGACGGGCAAGAAGGAGAUCACGGCAGACUCCAUUCCUGACGUCGGCAAGCUAUUAGAGUGGGUGAAGAAGCGUGUCCUUCGAGGGUGCAGCAUUGUACUCAGUGGUCUAGUUCCGCUCGGCGUCGAUGUUCACCGGUCGGAAAUCGGCCUGCAAAUCCAAAGCUUCGGCGGAGAGCUUCGAACCAAGAUCAGCAAGAAUGUGACACAUCUCGUCAUCAGCAGCUCGAGACCACGCACGCAAAAAGUUCGCCAGGCUGCGCGCAUACCCAGCGUCCGUAUCGUCAACCAAGAUUGGCUGGCCAAGAGCCUGGCGCAGUGGACACAACUGGACGUGGAACCUUUCCUCAUCACUGUGCAUCCUUCGGAUCGGGCCACCGAGACCCCAUUAGAGGAAAGCGGAAGAGAAAGCCUCAGCAUUAGCCCCCCGGGAGUCGCCGGACCUGAGCACCACGAAGAUGAGGAUGAUGGCGAUGAUGUUCCACCAGACGACUCCGAGGCAGGGGAUGAAGGAGACGAGGACGAGGACGAGAACGGGGAGGUGCAGGACGUCUACGGUGUCAUGCCUACAGAGCCUGACGACGGUGAACGCAGCCCGGUCGAUCUGAACAACGCGGAUUGGGGCGAAAUUGAUGCCGAACUUGACGAGUUCAUGGGGUCUGACGCAUCGGACGCCUCGGACAUGGACACCGAUACGGAGAGUGUGUCCAAGGGCCGCAAACGAAGGCUAGACGAUGACGGCGCCGCCAGUGAUGGCGAUAGCGUUCUUGCCAAGAAACAGAGGCUCGCUAGGGACAGGACGACUGGCUUGCGCAACGUCAGAAACGCCGGCGAAGAGAGUAGGAAGGGGAGCGGGCUGCCCACGCCGAUGGGCACCGGGGAUGAGGCGGAUGGAAGUAGAGACCAGGAGGGCGCUGAGGGAGGAGAGGACGGCGACGACGACGACGACUUUGACCUGGAGGCGGAGCUCGAAGCCGAGUUGGCAGCCGGCGACACGGAUGUCGAUGCCGAGGCCGCCUAA